UAUUUAAAUUAAUAUCACAGUAGCCAUGAGAAACGAACUUAUCAAAAUCGAUCUUCUUGCAAGUGUCAUUCAAAAUCUGACCACCACCAUAUCUCCAUACGCCACGGCCAGUUCUUCCAAAGCACAGCCCAUAUUCCAACUGCUUCCAAACCUAUCCAUAAAAUUCAACCAACUUCAAGCGGUCACAAUGCUUCCACCAAGCAUCAACACCAAAAUUCAAGCUCUCAACAAAAUCCAACACGAACUGCUUAGCAAGGAAGCCGAGUUCCACAAGCACGUCCACUCGAUGGAAAUGGAGUUCCAGAAAACGCUGGGCGCACUGUACGAGAAGCGCAAGCAAAUCGUUUCCGGCUCGUACGACCCCAUCAAGAAAGACCUCCUCAAUCCGGAGGAGUUCGAAACUGGCCCAGCCGAGGGUCAACCCAAAGGCAUCCCAGACUUCUGGCUCAACGUUUUUAAGAAGACGCCCCUUAUCCAAUGUAUGAUCUGGGAAGCGGACGAGCCGGCCCUGAAGCAUCUGGUCGACAUCCGUGCGGUCAUGUUCGAUCAACCGAAACAGGGUUUCACCUUGCAGUUCGAAUUUGAACCAAACGACUAUUUCAGCAACGAAGUUCUCACAAAGCAGUAUUUGAUGGAGUGCGCCCCGCAUGAAGAAGAGCUAGCCAAAUUCAACGGAUUUGAGAUCUACGAUACAGUUGGAUGCGAAAUCGAUUGGAAGGAAGGGUUCAAAUUAACUGCCCACAGUCCACAGACGGGGCAAGAACGGAAGCUAAGCUCAUUUUUCAACUUUUUCCAACCCAAGAAAAUGCUAGAGGAUUGCGAGCCAUAUGUUAGGAAGCAGCUUUUGGAAACGGAUUUCGAGAUCGGGUAUUUCAUCAAGGAGCGAUUGGUUCCCCGGGCGGUAAUGUUCUACAAUGGGGAUAUAUCGGAUGACGAUGAGGAGGAUGAAGAAGAAGAAGAUAUAUCGGACGAUGGGCAGUCUAUUCCAGAAGAACCAAAACCAGAGUAGGUCACAGUUAUGUAUAUUUUAGAACGUGAAUAAAAAGGAU